UCCUGUUUGCGAGUCAAGCGAGUGUUCGUCACUUUUGUCUUUCUCUGCGGGAUUAAAAGUGACAAACAUCUUUUUGUUUCGUGCUGACAUCAUGAACUUCUUUUUAUUCUUUCUUCUGGUCGUGCAAAUGCACAGCGUGACGCCUGUGAUUCACACGCUGCAGUAUUUCCACACUGCAUCCUCUCAAGUUCCAAACUUCCCAGAGUUUGUGGAUGUUGGUUAUGUUGAUGGAGUUGAGAUUAGUUACUAUGACAGCAACAUCAGGAAAGCAGAAUCCAAACAGGACUGGAUGAACAAAAUUACAGCAGAGGAUGCAAACUACUGGCAGAGACAAACAGAGAUCUGUGUUGGUAAUGAGAUUAGGAGCAAACACAGCCUUGAAGUUCUUAAGAAGCGUUUCAACCAAACUGGAGGUGUUCAAAUUGUCCAGAGGAUGACAGGAUGUGAAUGGAAUGAUGAGACUGAUGAGGUUAAAGGUUGGUAUCAGGAAGGUUAUGAUGGAGAAGAUUUCAUAUCGUUGGACAUAAAGACAUGGACAUUUACUGCAGCAAAACCACAAGCUUUCCCCUCCAAACUCAAGUGGGACCAGAACAUACCUAGACUAGACUACGAUAAGUAUUAUUUCACUGAGGAAUGUCCUUCUUACUUGAAGAAGUAUGUGAAGAAUGGGAAGAAGGUCCUAAUGAGAACAGAGCUUCCAGAGGUGUUCCUCCUCCAGAAGACGCCGUCCUCUCCGGUCACCUGCAUGGCGACAGGUUUCUACCCCGACCUAGCCGACCUGUUUUGGAGGAAAGACGGCGAGCAGAUGUUCGAGGACGUGGAGCACGGAGAGCUGCUCCCCAACCACGACGGAACCUUCCAGAUGUCGGUGGAGCUGAAAGUGGAGGUGACGGCCGAGGUGGAGGGCAAGUACGAAUGUGUGUUCCAGCUGUCUGGCGUCAAGGAGGACCUGGUCACCAAGCUGGAGAGACGAAGCAUCCUGAGCAACGCAAGCCAUGAAGACAACUGGAGCGUCGCCCUCGCUGCCACGGCGGCGGUCGUCACUGUGGCGGCCGUCCUGGCAGCCAUCAUCAUCGUCAUGGUCAGGCGUCACAGAAACAGACAAGCCCAGUACGAUCCAGCUCGUAAGUAAAACAUCUUUUCUUUGAGCCGCAAGAAACAAAGCCGUGGUGAAGCGUCACUCACAUGGAGGUCUGAUGUGGAAGUUUAGCCUGAAAAUCCCAACUUGAGCUGUCUCCUUCACAAUAAAAGACCCUCCUGGGGCAUAUCUGACUUUUGACAUGAGUCCUCAUGAUGAGGAUCAGCCAAAUGAGACCUCAAGUGUGCUGACUCAUCAAGAAGGUAUCCUAGUCAGGAAGUAGAAGAGCAGCACUCUGCUUCUUCAUGUUUCCAAGUCACACCUCAAAGAUCUGAUGUGAAUGACGAGGCACCUUCUGGAUGUUCUUCCUUCACCGUUUGCGUUUGUCCCGCAGCUCGCCACGGCGGCGUGGAGCUCUCCGAGAAGGUAGCGGCUGAAGGCUGAGAUGCUUUGUGCACUGGAACACAGAGAGAUGUCUCCAUCAUGGAGAUGUGCUUUGUUCUUCAUCCCACUGCUCCUCACGCUAUUCUUCUUUGCCCGUUAAAAUACUUAGAACAUCAAACGUUGGUGGCUAUAAAAUCAUUCAUGUUUCAUGGCCUUGACAUCAUGACGAGGAUUUCUUCUUUCUUUGAAUGGCCGCUGCUUAUGAUCAAUAUCACAUUGUGUCACAUCUCUGUCAA